AUGAAGGAAGAACUGAAUAGAAGAAUGAGAGCAGCAUGGGUAGCAUUCGCAGAUGUCAGGGAAGCUACGGACCAACUGACGGACCAAGAUCUUCGUGCUCAUGUGUUCGACUCGACAGUCCUUCCAGCGCUCUGUUACGCAGCGAAGACGUGGGCAGACACCGCGGCCACGUCUAGGAAGCUACUUACUUCCCACAGAGCCCUUGAGAGAUGUCUCCUGAAGUUUAACCGGCGCACACAACACCUUGCCGGUCUCCGUAGCUCCGACUUAAGAGGAACGGGACGUUCCUCUUAA